AUGAUGAAGAGGACCCAGGGUUCAGGAUCCAGGGUUCGGGGUUCAGGGUUCAGGGUUCGGGGUUCAGGGUUCAGGGUUCUGGGUUCUGGGAGGGUCUGGGUGUACCCAAAGGAUCCAGGAUCCAGGGUUCAGGGUUCUGAGGGGGUCAGGGUGUACCCAGAGGAGCUCCAGAGUUCAGGGUUCUGGGAGGGUCAGGGUGUACCCAGAGGAGCUCCAGGGUUCUGUGUUCUGGGUCAGGGUGUACCCAGAGGAGCUCCAGGGUUCUGGGUUCUGGGUCAGGGUGUACCCAGAGGAGCUCCAGGGUUCAGGGUUCUGGGAGGGUCAGGGUGUACCCAGAGGAGCUCCAGGGUUCUGGGUUCUGGGUCAGGGUGUACCCAGAGGAGCUCCAGGGUUCAGGGUUCUGGGGGGGUCAGGGUGUACCCAGAGGAGCUCCAGGGUUCUGGGUUCAGGGUUCUGGGGGGGUCAGGGUGUACCCAGAGGAGCUCCAGGGUUCUGUGUUCUGGGGGGGUCUGGGUGUACCCAGAGGAGCUCCAGGCUCCAGGGUUCUGGGUUCUGGGGGGGUCAGGGUGUACCCAGAGGAGCUCCAGGGUUCUGUGUUCUGGGUCAGGGUGUACCCAGAGGAGCUCCAGGGUUCUGGGUUCUGGGUCAGGGUGUACCCAGAGGAGCUCCAGGGUUCAGGGUUCUGGGAGGGUCAGGGUGUACCCAGAGGAGCUCCAGGGUUCUGGGUUCUGGGUCAGGGUGUACCCAGAGGAGCUCCAGGGUUCAGGGUUCUGGGGGGGUCAGGGUGUACCCAGAGGAGCUCCAGGGUUCUGGGUUCAGGGUUCUGGGGGGGUCAGGGUGUACCCAGAGGAGCUCCAGGGUUCUGUGUUCUGGGGGGGUCUGGGUGUACCCAGAGGAGCUCCAGGGUUAGGGUUAGGGUUAGGGUUAGGGUGUACCCAGAGGAGCUCCAGGGUUCUGGGUUCUGGGGGGGUCAGGGUGUACCCAGAGGAGCUCCAGGGUUCUGGGUUCUGGGGGGGUCAGGGUGUACCCAGAGGAGCUCCAGGGUUCUGGGUUCUGGGGGGGUCAGGGUGUACCCAGAGGAGCUCCAGGGUUCUGGGUUCUGGGGGGGUCAGGUUGUUCCUGCUCGCUGUCAGUAAUGUGAUCCGGUCUGUUGCUGGUCCCCCAUUCUUUAACUUUUAUGAUAAACCCAAACGUGGGUUCGGGUCAGUACCAGGCUCGUUUAUAGUCCAGACCCUGGACCCUGGACCCUGGACCUGGACCUGGACCUCUUCAAAGGUUUACGUUGAAGUGCCGACGGAGUGAUUUUAGUCGGGAACUCAUAUUUUAGUGUUCUUUACGUUGAACCGACAUCGGAUCAAACUAGACCUGAUCUGAACCGGUCCUGAAGAGGUCUGCUACCGGUCUGAAGUAGACCAAUGAGGUGGAGCCCCCUCACAGCGUCCCUGGUUUGAAUCCGGUCAGGGACCAAUGCCCC